AUGAGAGCAAGAAACACAAAAGUGGAAUCUCAGCUCAAACCCAAACCAGCCAUGAAUGAUACAUUUUGCAGCUCAGAACCUGAAAAUGUCCAGUCUGAUCCAAAGAACUAUACUAGUCUUCUUGUUACAUGGGAAAGACCUCGUGUUGUAUACGACACCACAAUUGAGAGAUUUGCUGUCUUUUAUCAACAGUUGGAUGGAGAAGACCAGACUAAGCAUGAGUUUCUGACAGAUGGGUAUCAGGACUUGGGGGCUAUUCUAAAUAAUCUGCUGCCCAAUUCAAGUUAUGUUCUUCAGAUAGUUGCUGUUUGCUCUAACGGUCUAUAUGGAAAAUACAGUGACCAAGUCAUUGUUGAUAUGCCUUUAGAGGACCCAGAGACUGACCUCAUUCCUGAACUGAAUGAAACUGAAGAAUAUGAGGAUGAAGUUGAUGAAAAGGAAACAGAGGUGGAUGAAGAAACUGCAGUGAUUACUAGCACUGACAGUAAAAUGAACCAAAUAAGGAGGAAAGAUUUCCAGGUGACUACAUCCAGCUACGGUCAAGAAAAAGUGGGAACAAAACUCAGUGAAGCUAAAACAAAUAGAUACUUAAAAAGAGAGGAAGAAUUGCAUGGUGAGGAUAAUGUUUUCAAAGCAGUUUAUUACCCUACUUCUCCACCUGUUAGUGAAAUUUCUGAAGAAGAGGAAGAUCCUUUUUUGGAAUCCCAAACAAUUACUCAAAUUCCUCCUCAACUCAUUGACUCCACCAAAGGCGCAGAAGAAGAAUACAUAUACCUUUCUUCAGGCACUGAACCAACAAGAGUAACCACUACUGGCCAUGGUGAUGAAGAUUUCUUAUUGUCCCCUUUUAAACCUCAUCAGGAAUCUCAUGACUUUUGGAGUUCGGUUCUUACCACUUCUUCAGCACGGCUGGUUACAGAGGAGACCUCCCAAGAAGACACUCUUCCUUCAGGAAGCCCAGAUAUAAACAUGCAUGAUGUUAUUUCUCAAGGCUCAAUUAAGUAUGUUUCAGAAGGUGUAGCAUCCUCGAGUUCUGAUGAGCCUCCAAAGCAUACUUCUUCCACUGAUGAAAAGUUAUGGUUUCACAAUGCUACAGAUCUGACAACUCAAUCUGCUGAUAUAUCGGAUAGCAGGCAAUUGUCUCAGACCAGUUACAGUGAUGCUUAUGUAGAGGGAUUAAAGCCAGCUACAGUCCCCUAUUCCAGCAGCCCAGUGGUUUCACAGGACACUUCAGAUGCGGAUUUAGAAUUGCCACAUUAUUCUACCUUUGCUUUCUCCUCUGCUGAAUUAUCACCUCACUCUAUCUCUUCAAGCUCUGGAGAAUAUGGUUCUGCUUCUGCUGCCAGUGAGGUACUCUCUCAGACAACUCAACCAGUUUAUAAUGGUGAGAUACCUCUUCAACCUUCCUACAGUAGUGAAGUGUUUCCUCUAGUCACCCCUUUAUUGUUUGACUCUCAGAUGCUCGACACUACCCCUGCUACAUCAGAUAGUGAUGUGACCUUGCAUGCUACACCUGUAUUUCCCAGUGUUGAUGUGUCAUUUGAACCCACCCUGUCUUCCUAUGAUGAUGUACCUUUGCUUACAUUUUCCUUUGCUUCCUCCAGUAGUAAAAUGUUUCACCAUCUGUAUACGGUUUCUCAAAUGUUUCCACAAAGUGCUACUCCAGCUGUCGCAAGUGAUAAGGUGUCCCUGCAUGCUUCUUUGACAUUGGCAGAGGGUGAUACAUUAAUACAGCCAAGCCUUGCUCAAUAUGCUGAUGUGGUGUCACAUCAGACUACUCAUGCUGCUUCAGAGACACUGAUAUUUGGUCAUAAUAGAACUCACAUGUUUUCUCAAGUUGAACCAUCCAGCAGUGAUUUAAAUAUGCAUGUACUAUCUACAAUGUCUGAACUUCCUUAUGCUUUGUCUAGUAAUGUGGGCUCUCUCCAAAGCUUUACUGUUUCCUAUGACUCCGCAGAAUUUGUGCAUGAUUCUGUUGACGUAUUUCGUCAAGAUCCUUUAUUUAGCAGCUAUAACAAUGUACUGGUGCAUAAAACUUCUUCUAUAAUAUCACAAGCUGAUACUUUGCUGCAGCCUACGCGCUCUCUAUCUAGUGAUACGGAUUGGUCUGAAGCAUACUCUGGUAGUGAGUCCCUUUUGCCUGAUACAGAUACUUUGAUGGUAUUUAACGUUUCUUCCUCUGAUUCUGUAGAUGAAAUUACAUAUGAAUCAUCUGGGUUUAGUGAUGUUAAUAAGAUGCUUCAAAAAGGUGAUGUUAUAUAUGGAGAUGAGAGAGAACUGCAAAUUUCCUCUUCUUUAAGUGAAAUGGCUUCCAAUGCUGAAACUAAAGUGGUACCUGAACUUUCUACGUCUGUUUCUAAUGAUGAUAUAAUUAACCAGAAUAUGUCUCUGCAAGAAAGUCCACUUCCUGUUUCUAGCACAAAGGGAAUCCUUCCAGUCUCUCUUGCUUUUCCUACUACUAAGAUACUUGAUCAUGAUAUUAGUAAACUUACAGAAAAUCACCUUUCUGUUCAGCCUUUGCAUGUUACACCUCCAGCCUUUGAUGACACUUUGCUUAAACCUGUGCUUAGUGCAAGCUCAGAUCAAGCUCUCUAUGCCCCUGCUUAUAGUAAAAUGUUAUCCUCGACUCAGCCGUACUUUUAUGAGACCUCAGCUACAUUAAAUAAUGAAGCAUUACUGCAAUCUUCCUUCCAAUCUUCUGGCGAUGGCACUCUGCUUAACACGGCUGCAGUUAUGCCUAGUGAUCCAAUAUUGGCUGAAAGCUCCAGGGUUCAUAAAGAUAGUUCUACAUUUGACCAAAUACUGCAUCAAAUGGCACCAGGUUCUGCUACAACUGAAACCAUGCUGCAUUCUACAUCUGCAUCUUCUGCUGCUGCUAUGUUGUCAAACACUUUUAGUAAGCCCACAGCGUCACUUCAAGGUUUAUCUGUUUCUUAUGCAAGUGAGGAAUAUGUUUCAUCCAGUUUGUUUACCAGUGAAGAUGUACAGCAGGUUAUGUCUUCGUUGUACAGUAGUGACAUUUCGUUCCAGCUGACCAGUUUAGAAAAUACAAACGCCUUUCCCCCUCAAGCAGCAAAUGCCUUAACAACUCCCUUCCUAACAGGUGAUACAUUACCACAUGUAGCUACUCCUGCAGACAGCCGUAUCUCUUCAAGUGUUUUUGAAAGAAGUGAGGCUCCCAGUGUGUCUUCAAGUUCUACACUUGGUUUUGAUCCUGUUCAUACGCCUGCAGUAGUUUCUGAUUCUGACAUGUCCAUUCAUCACACUCUUCCUUUACCAAAUGUACAUAUUUCUGUUACGGCUGUUCCUCCCAAGAGUGAGAUCCCUGUAACUUUGAGUAGAUUGCUUGUUCCUUCUAGAGAAUCCUCUGGGUUGUCUCCCAGUAUCAUGUCCAGUACCGAUUUGUGGGCUUCUGUAGUUGAGGAUGACUACGAUGAAUAUGACGAUGGCUUCCCUGUAAGUAACUGUAUCUCAUGCACUUCCCAUAGAGAAGCUCAGGAUAUGGUAGUAGAGGAACAAAACACAAUGGUAAACAAUAACAAGGAUCAGAGUAACCUAAUUAUAAGCUCACAUUCUGAGAAACCUGAAGAAGAAGAGAAAAUUUCAACUGCUGCAUCAGAUAGUCAGAUAAACUAUGCCAUGGACAGACAUAAUUAUACAUCCAUACCAACUUUGACAGCAAGUGUGAUACCUAAGAAGCACAACAACCCGACAGUUUUGGAGAGCCGCAUUCAAACUGCUAGUGUCUCAUUGCAAAAGACACCAGAAUCUAAGUCUUGGGCUGUUUUUACAAAUGAUGAAGAAAGUGGUUCUGGUCAAGGUACCUCAGAUAGCCUUAAUGAUAAUGAAACGUCUACAGAUUUCAGUUUUCCCGACCUUAAUGAGAGAGACACUGAAGGGGCAGUUGAAGCAGGUAACUCAGAAUUAACUCCUGGAUCAUCACAGUCAUCAGCCUCAUCUGUUACUAGUGAUCACUCAUCAGUAUUCAACAUCUCUGAGGCAGAGGCAAGUAAUAGUAGCCAUGAGUCUCGUAUUGGUCUAGCUGAGAGUCUGGAAUCAGAGAAGAAGACAGUUAUACCACUUGUGGUCGUAUCAGCCCUGACUUUUAUCUGUCUAGUGAUUCUUGUGGGUAUUCUCAUAUACUGGAGGAAAUGUUUCCAGACUGCUCACUUUUAUUUAGAAGAUAAUACAUCACCUCGAGUGAUUUCUGCUCCCCCAGCUCCAAUCUUCCCAGUCUCAGAUGAUGUUGGAGCAAUUCCAAUAAAGCAUUUUCCAAAACAUGUUGCAGAUUUACAUGCAAGUAAUGGUUUUUCUGAAGAAUUUGAGGAAAUCCAGAGCUGUACUGUUGAUCUAGGUAUUACAUCAGACAGCUCUAAUCACCCUGACAACAAGAAUAAGAAUCGAUACAUAAACAUUGUUGCUUAUGAUCAUACUAGAGUUAAAUUAGCUCAACUUGCAGAAAAGGAUGGAAAACUGACUGAUUACAUUAAUGCCAACUAUGUUGAUGGCUACAACAAGCCAAAAGCCUACAUUGCAGCUCAAGGGCCGCUGAAAUCGACAGCAGAAGAUUUCUGGAGAAUGAUAUGGGAACAUAACGUAGAAGUUAUUGUGAUGAUAACUAAUCUCAUUGAGAAAGGAAGGAGAAAAUGUGACCAGUACUGGCCUGCCGAAGGUAGUGAAGAAUAUGGGAACUUCUUGGUUACUCAGAAGAGUGUUCAUGUACUUGCCUAUUACACUGUGAGGAAUUUUACUCUUAGAAACACCAAGAUCAAAAAGGGUUCCCAGAAAGGGAGGUCUAGUGGACGCAUAGUAACUCAGUACCAUUAUACUCAGUGGCCUGACAUGGGUGUUCCAGAGUACACGCUGCCUGUGCUCACCUUCGUGCGGAAGGCAUCGCAUGCCAAGCGCCACGCUGUCGGGCCUGUUGUGGUUCAUUGCAGUGCUGGUGUUGGAAGGACAGGCACAUACAUAGUGUUAGACAGCAUGCUGCAGCAAAUUCAGCAUGAAGGGACAGUCAACAUAUUUGGAUUCUUAAAACACAUACGUACCCAAAGGAACUACUUGGUGCAGACAGAGGAGCAAUACAUCUUCAUUCAUGAUGCAUUGGUUGAAGCAAUACUCAGCAAAGAAACAGAAGUCCUUGAGACUCACAUUCAUGCCUAUGUUAAUGCUCUCCUGAUACCUGGACCAACAGGGAAGACCAGACUGGAGAAACAAUUCAAGUUACUGAGCCAGUCUAACACACAGCAAUGUGAUUAUUCAACUGCACUCAAACAGUGUAACAGAGAAAAGAACCGAACUUCAUCCAUCAUUCCUGUGGAAAGAUCUAGAGUUGGUAUCUCAUCACUGUCUGGUGAAGGGACAGACUACAUCAAUGCUUCCUAUAUUAUGGGUUAUUAUCAAAGUAAUGAGUUCAUCAUUACCCAGCAUCCCUUACUACACACCAUCAAGGAUUUCUGGAGAAUGAUAUGGGACCAUAAUGCCCAACUAAUAGUCAUGCUUCCUGAUAGCCAGAAUAUGGCUGAAGAUGAAUUUGUAUACUGGCCAAACAAAGAUGAGCCUAUAAACUGUGAAAGUUUCAAAGUUACUAUGAUUGCUGAAGAACACAAGUGUCUGUCUAAUGAGGAGAAGCUCAUAAUCCAAGACUUUAUUUUAGAAGCUACACAGGAUGACUAUGUACUUGAAGUGAGGCAUUUUCAGUGUCCAAAAUGGCCAAAUCCUGAUAGUCCUAUUAGUAAAACUUUUGAACUGAUUAGCAUCAUCAAAGAGGAAACUUCCAACCGUGAUGGACCCAUGAUUGUACAUGACGAGCAUGGAGGGGUGACAGCAGGCACUUUCUGUGCAUUAACAACGCUAAUGCAUCAACUGGAAAAUGAGAACUCCGUGGAUGUUUACCAGGUAGCGAAGAUGAUAAAUUUGAUGAGGCCUGGAGUCUUUACAGACAUUGAACAGUACCAGUUUCUGUACAAAGCUAUUCUCAGCCUUGUCAGCACAAGGCAAGAAGAAAACCCUUCAGCCUCUAUGGACAGUAACGGCUCAGCUUUACAUGACGGAAAUGCAGCUGAAAGUUUAGAAUCUUUAGUUUAAUUAACUCAUAAAAUUAAACACACACACACACACCUACAUCACAAUGGUCACAUCUGGAGUUUACCAUUAUUAUUUUCAGUUUUAUACUUUGUGGGGGGGAAAAUCUGUCCAGUCACUCUAUAUAUAAUGAGAUCCCAACCGUUGCUCAAACAAGCAGUCAUUUCUGUUAUGUAUGACUUUACUGCGGAUUUUUUAUCAUUAACAAUGUGUGCCUUUUCUUGAAAGAUUUCUUGUAAUAUGUUGUUAUGUCUGGACUAACUUGAUUGACUUUUACAGUGUUUCUAAGAAUUGAAUUGUGGUAUGUUUUUUCAGUAUUAGUUUUUGAUUUAUCUGGCUUUACUUUUAACUUAUCAUAUUUAUAGAUGUUAGAGGAUUCUCAGUUACAAAUAUGUCAUGGGUUUAGUAUUUGAUUUAUUUGCUGUAUUUAUAACAAUUUACAUUUGCUAGAAAUAAAACUUUUAAUAUAGUAGAAUGUAAAUAAAAUACUGUUCUCCAUAACAUUCAACAUUUUAAGACUUCAGUUAGAUAUUUAGAAUAGAAAUCUGAUACUUAUUGUAAAUACUGCUACUUCUGUAGUGAUCCAUGGACCAAAUUUAUAUUUAUAAUUGUAGAUUUUUAUAUUUUACUACAGAGUCAGUUUUCUAGUUCUGUGUAAUUGCCUUGUUAAAAUUAUGUAGUCCAGUAGGUUUUUAUUUUAACAAAGUCUUCUGAUAUAUAAUUAUGCAUCUUAAACAAUUAACCUUCGUAUAGCUGCAUGUGAUUUCAACUUUUUGUGGGAAAUAAUAGAAAUAAUUUGUUUUGAAAUGAGAAGUUUUUAUGAGAAUAACACCUGUACUUGGCAUUGUUAAAUUGUUUUUACCUAUGGCAUUGCAAAAAUAAAUAUAAAUAUUCCA